AUGGAUAGACCGUACGCCGUAUAUGAAUCUCCAGACAUUCCCUCAAAAAAAUUCACUGUAGUUCCAGGAAACCCGCGUUAUGAGACAACUGAUGGUGUAACGACAAGGCCGAGCGACCACGUAUUAAAUGCCGGGCAAAUAGAUAGGGACAAACCCUCUGAGCCGAAACGGGAAGCUGACGGAUCCGAGCAAUUCACUAAAUUAAGCCAAUUGAGAAUGAAUUUAACGGGCCUGCAGGACGAUAUUAACGAAUUCCUCACGGAACAAAUGGACGUAGCCAAGGCCAAGAAGGCCAAGUUGGACUCUUUGGAGCAAGAUGCCCGGAUCGAAGAGGAAAUCAACGGUCUGCUAGAUGGUAAGGACGACGAUUGA